CAAGAAACUUUUAUUACAUUUCCGCUAAUUGCAGCCAAGUUAGUUACUAAUCUGGGUAGAGGUAAACAUGGUCAUCUUAUACCCAGCUCUUUAAAUCCAAGUAAAGUUGUCCAACGAAAAACCCACGGUUACGGUUAUAAAGUUUUCCAGUGUGAGUUUAGAAAUACAUUUUAUGUGAAAUAAUACUAGUAUUUUAUAUUUUAAUGUAAGUUUGCUAGCUAGCUAGCUAAUGCAGCUAACCUAGUUUAACUGGUUGCAUGCUCAUCCUUUCUAACAUUCUAACUGCUAGCUAGCUACAAGGGAGUAGACGAUAAAGACAAAACAAAAUGGACAAAUUUGUCCUGCGUGUUCCAAAGGAAGAUCAUGCAAAACAGGGACCAAAGCGUCGAGAGAGAAUAUACCGUCAGGCAACACUGGAGUCUUUAAAGAGAGUGGUCGUGAUCGAGGACAUUGAAAGGUUCAAGUCCAUUCUUGAAUUGCCUGGGCAGCUCAAGGAGAACAUGUUAAUGGCACUGAGAGAGCUUGAUAAGAAAGUACCUUCGCAGGAAGUACUAAAGUCGACCAAAAUUGGUCACACAGUUAACAAACUGCGCAAAGAGCAUCCAGAUACUGAAGUGCAGUCUUUAGCACGGAAGGUCUACACACACUGGAGAACAUUCAUAGAGGAGAAUGCGAACAAACCAUCCAUAGAGGUUCACUGUGAUAAGCAGACUGAAGGACUCAGGAGCAAUGCAGUAAAACUCAUCUCUGACAGCAUUGGUUUGGAGGCUAAUCAUGGACUGGUUGAAAACAUAGAAAGAGAGGUGUUUCACCAGAGCACUCGGCUUGUUAGUGGAGCAUACAGAAGGACUGUGAGAGCUAUUGUCUUUGCUCUCAAACACAAGCCUGAUGUGAGAGCACAAGUUAAAGAUGGUAAAAUGCCUGUGAAUAUAUUUGUGAGCAGUCACAAAAAGAAGCAGUAAGAUUGUGACAGAACAAACUGGAAACCUCAAAAAGUAGAUUUUAACAUUCAUUGGUGCAUGAUGAAUAUGGAAUUCAACAGAAUAAUUUGUUUGCCUUCACUUUUUAUACAAAAAUUUUUACAAAUACUUUUUAGCAGUAACUUCUUAAUAAUGACUCUGCACAUAUAAUGCAUCAAAUGGACCAUUUGAUUGUCUUUAUAGGGCUGGAUUUUGAUGGUGUCCAUAUUAUUGCACACUAUGACCUCUAGCUUCCCAAUCUGUAUACAAAAAAAAAAAGAACAUAUUGAAAUCUACUGUAAUAAUACAACAUGCAUUCUUUUGGUUCCAUCUGCUGUUCAUAAAAGACUUAAAAAAUAAAAAUGUAGAAGUUGUAA